AUGAGUCUUGUUCUCUUGAAUGAGGUCACGGUCAGGUUGCCCCGUGUGCUACUGACCCACGCUACUCGCAGCAUCGUCUUCGUCCACGGGCUCCAAGGGCAUCCCCGUAAUACUUGGACUUUCUAUCCAGACUCGUCGUCUACGGCAGAUUCCACAGCAUUGCCUGGAGCCACGAAGAGGACAAAGUCCAGCGGAUUGAGCCGACUCUUUGGCCAUGUUCGCAGGCAACAGGAGCCGGACACCGAAGCCACAGGCUCAGACACAGGGGAGGAUAUAGAUAAUGCGGCGCCGGCAGGCAGUGUAUUCUGGCCCGAGGACCUGCUCAAGGAGGACUUUCCUAAAGCCAGGAUCAUGACAUUUGGCUAUAAUACAACCAUUCAGCGAGGCUACCGCCCAGUUAACCAGGGAAAUAUUUUUUCCCAUGCGAGGAAUCUGUUAUAUGAUCUCGAGGCGAAGAGGAGGAAAGCGCCCGGUCGUGCUUUGAUAUUUAUCGCCCACUCUCUUGGCGGAAUCCUGGUUAAAGAGGCCCUUCGGCGAUCCGAGCAUGACCCUGACGGAGAUAUCCGGAGACUCUACGCCUCGACUACAGGAAUCUUCUUCUUCGGAACGCCUCAUCGAGGGAGUCGCGACUGGGCCUCCUUAGGAGAGGGCGUUGCCCACAUUGCAAGCCGUCUUCUGGGUAUGGAUGUUAACGCAGAAGUCAUCCAUGCAUUACUGCCUACUGGGCCCGAGCUCGAACUCUGUCGGGAGUCGUUCACUGUCCAGUGGGAGCAGCGCCGAACGACUCUUACUGUUAGGACUUUUCAAGAGUCCAAGGGGAUUUCUGGCAUUCGAUGGGGAGGACUCAGUCAACUUGGUAAGAUUGUUCCGCCUGAGUCUUCGACCCUUGAUCAUCCCAGUCAGCGUGCGAGAACCCUAGACGGGGACCAUAGGACAAUCGUAAAGUUCACUGAGAGGAGCGACAAAGGCUACGAGAUGGUUAAGGACGACCUUGAGGAGCUCAUGGCAAGGUGGAUAGACGUAGACGGCACUGAGAGUUUUGAAGCAAUCCCAAUUCAGGAUAGACGCCAGUGUCUCCAAAUCUUGCGGACGUCAUAUUACGAACAGUUCAAGGACCGGAACCCUGAGAGACUUGACAAGACUUGCGAGUGGUUCUUAAACCAUAAUAACUUCAACAAGUGGGCUAAGACCACCUCGUCAACCCUUCUUUGGGUCUCUGCGGACCCAGGUUGUGGUAAAUCCGUUCUAGCAAAGUAUUUGGUUGACCAAGAAAAAUCAUUAGCAGCCACUGAAUAUCGCGCUGUUGCCUACUUUUUCUUCAAGGAUGACAACGAAGAGCAGACCAGCGCUACUACGGCGUUGGCAGCUAUUCUACACCAGCUCUUCCAGCAAAGAGAGUCUCUCAUCCAGCAUGCAAUUAAAGACUACAGAGCUGAGGGCAAUAAACUACCGCAGCUGUUCCAGAAGAUGUGGAAAAUUCUACUCAAGGCCGCUGCUGACCCCAAAGCUGGUGAAAUCAUCUGCAUUCUGGAUGGACUCGACGAAUGUGCAGAAAAGGAGCGAUAUCAGGUCAUUGACGUACUCAGUGCGUUCUACAAACGAGCAAUUUCCGACAAGAGCAGCGGUUGUAUCAAGUUUCUUAUUACCAGUCGACCUUACGCCAACAUCGAACGGCGCUUCGCCGAUCUCAUUCGUAACUUCCCAACGAUUCGGCUUGCGGGAGAAGAGGAAUCUGAAGCGAUCAGCCGCGAGAUAGACACGGUCAUUCAAUGGAAAGUGUCAAAAUUGGCCCUUGAACUGAGACUCAAUGCCACAGAGCAAAGCACCCUCGAGGGCGAGCUUCUGUCCAUGCCGCACCGUACGUACCUCUGGGCAACGCUUGUGGUCGAUAUCCUGUGCAGAACAAUCCGCCCGACAAGCAGAAAACUCAAGGAAAUUGUCAGGACUCUUCCACCGACAGUUGAUAAAGCUUACGAAGGAAUCCUAUCGAAAAUAGACGACGCGGAACGGCCUCAGGCACGAAGGCUGCUGUCAAUUGUUGCUGCGGCAAGCCGGCCUCUCAGUCUGCAGGAGUUAAAUGUUGCUCUCACAAUCGAACUUCAUCACAAGUCGUAUGAAGACCUGGAAGAGAUCCUUGACGAUGAGGAGCGAUUUGAGACCACCGUAAGGAACAUGUGCGGCCUUUUCGUCACUAUUCUGGACCGAAAGAUAUAUUUGAUCCAUCAGACCGCAAGGGAGUUCCUUGUUGCGAAGACCAGGGUUCUUGCCGGUGGAUGGAAGCAUUCUCUAGACCCAGUGCAGUCUGACCUCAUCCUGGCCACGAGUUGCAUCGCCAUUCUUACGAUGAAUGACCUGGAUGAUUAUUUCGAAUGGGAUACGGCUUCUGGCGAUGACGUUACCAGCAGCGCAGGGACCAUUGAGCUUGAAUUCGUCGAGUAUGCUUCGUUCUUCUGGACAACCCAUUUCCGACAGGCCCAAACGCGAGCAACGGACGAGUUAUUGCAGCUGGCGCGCGAGCUUUGCAAUCCUCAAUUACGGAGGUUCAAAGCCUGGUUUGGCAAAUACAGCAUUUCCAACUCAAUUCCGAACUUCCACACCACCCUGAUGGUCUCAUCAUACUUUGGUCAUCACACAGCGAUAGAGCAAUUAUUGAUGGAAAAUAAAGUGGAAGUCGACAUGAGGGAUAAUCAACAUGGGCGAACUGCCCUCGCCUGGGCGGUCCAGCAGGGCCAUAUAUCAGCCGUGAAACUCCUAGUUGGGACUGGGAACGCAGACGUCAAUGCAGAAGACAGCGAGGAUCGAACACCGCUAUUGCUAGCCUGCAGCUCUCGACAGGAGGAUAUUAGUUUGUUUCUGCUCCAGAAUGGCGCCGACCCCAUGUACAAGAGUCCACGGGUCCAAUCUGUCCAAUCUGCGCUUUUCGAGGCCGCGUCGCAGGGCUUGCCCAAAAUCGUCGACUGGAUUCUCAAAUCUCUCCCAGAGGAGGCACUCCAACAGAUUGCCGAGCAGUACGACUCUAGUCGCAAGUCAAUUCUCAACAUAGCAGUGCUAUCCGACAAUGGAUCCCAGUAUUCAAUUGUCAAAAUGGUGGUUGAUGCCUUGGCUCCGUUUCCUGACCAGAGGCGCAAUCUACUGUACCACCAGGAUCAUUCCAACUGUAGCGCUCUGUUUCACGCCGCUCUCACAAAUAAACAGGAUAUCGUCAAUUUCUUUGUGCAGAUCGAAAAGGGCCUCCUAAGUCAGACCGGAUAUUAUGAUUGGAGAGACACACCUCUACAUGUGGCUACUCACUGGCAGAGCCUCAACGCCGUUAAGGUCCUGCUCAAUGCCGGUGCGAAUCCAAAUAUCCAACAGCGUACCGGACAUACACCGCUGCAUAUUGCAUCUCAUAGGCCGGAUGGCCCUGAUGGCGUCCGGAUAUUUAAGCUUCUGCUGAAACGUACAGACCUUUCGAUAUCAGGGGAGUUAGGCGAGAAUAUUAUCCAUCUGAUACUCGACUGGGAUAGAGCGAUACACUUCAGGACAACCAGUGCCAAUAUACCGUAUUCCAGCCUUCGUCAGCUACUAACCUCCAAGAACAAGAAGGGUUAUAUACCACUAUUGCAUGCCACCAGCAAACUUGGCCGUGGGGACCUUGACUAUACCUCCCGCUCCAGAACUUUCAAGGCAGUCUGCGAAGCUAUGGUCAAUAUUGUGUCCCAAGCCGAAGCGGACACCAUUCUUGACUUGGUACCUGAGCAGGAUCGCCCUAUUGCUCUCCAUCACUUCAUUGAAACCGGGUCUGAGGACCUGAUGGCCGAGGUAAUCCCAAAGAUAGCGGCCUUGGACCAUUCGCUGCUUGAUGCCACAGAUACGCAUCGCCAGAACCUCUUGAUAAAAGCUGUCAGCAGGCAACAGCAUCAAACAGUCCGGCUCCUAAUUGACCAGUCUGCCACUAUCAACGCGCAAGACAAUCUUGGGAAGACAGCGCUUCAUUACGCCGUGGAGCACGAUAUCCCAGACAUCGCAGAGCUCCUUGUCCAUAUGGGCGCCAGCCUACAUACCAAGGACAAUUUCGGGCGUAUACCGGCUGAUUGGUGCUCCAGUCAGAAUCGCUGUUUGGCAAUCGUGCAGCCCAAGGAUAGGCCCAUAGUACCCAAUCCCGCAGGGACCACAAGCACUCUGUCAACUCGCACGGCAUGGUCGAUCACACUCGGGGCCGAACUCGAAUCAUGCGCUUGGAACGUCCGCGGCGAAUGGGACUGGUACACGCACGCUGUACCCAAGGUCGUGCACGAAGACAGGUACCUGGUCAGCGAGGCGAUUCCCGCCAACGUCAAGCUGCCAGUCCCACGGCUGCAUGUCGUAGUCGAAGCCCGCGACCAGGGUUGGAGCGACGACAGGUGGUUCCACGAUCUACCUGUGGGAUCAUUCACGAGCGCGAGCUCCUUUGCGCUUGCGAUCCUACGCAAUGACCAGCUCGUCUUGAGACGGGAGUGGGCGCGGAACAAACACCGGUCGACAGCGCCGCACCGCUUCGAAUGUACGUGGUUCUCGGACUCGGCGCGGAAUCGCGAACAUGUACACUUUGCUGGACGGAAGCCGAGUGGUGAAGAUGACCAGGGUGACUUUGUGCGGAGGUUAACAGCUGGCGACAGGGUUGUGGUUCUGGCAUUGUCGGACGGGGAUGGGUGGAUGAAUAUUGUCAAGUCGGCGGCGGUUGAGAUAUACUUCGAGGAUUAA